AUGCAGCGUCACCAGCAGCAGCACCCACUUGAGACGCCUCGGUUGAAGGUCGUUGGCAGUAGCCAGCCGAAGCUGGUUCACACACCCUCCCAGCAGUCAAUUGCUGCUUCGGACGACUAUUACUCCUUCUCAGACCUGACCUCUCACUCCAGCGCCAGUAGAGCCACUGUGGUCCCCUACCAAACAGCUUCCUCUCGACAUCCUUCUCCAGACCGCCGACAGGCACAGGCAGAGUCACAACCACAGGCACAGACACAGACACAGACAGAUACGCAGGCACAAGAUAUGCCCAGACCGCCUAGAGUCGUCAACAUGAGCUCUGCAGCUCGAGCAGAGAGCGGCACGCCGACUCCAGGGACGGAUGACUCACCUUACAUUCGCUUUGCCAUUGACCAGUUGACCAGAGACGAGGAACUUACGGGCCAUGGACGCCAUGGAUCGCUAGCUACCUCGGCUGACUAUCCUGUUGAGCGACUUGUUCCUGACGAGGGACUCGGUUACUACACCAACAACACCACGGCAACCAAAAAUAUCAAUAAAGAUGACAAUACACGGAACACACAUACAAAUAUCAAGAAGGAAAUUAAUGACCAUACUAACAAUAAUGAUAAUGAUAAUCAUAAAAUGGAAAACUCGCCAAAGACCGGAAUCCUCCUUGCUGUCGACCCCCCGAUCAACGCGCCGCUCACUUUUGUUCCUUACGUUCUUCGACCGGUACUUCUCGGUCCUGUUAUCCUACUCACUCUCGGUAUGGCCACAGUCCUCGCUUUCAUCAAUAUCUGGUCUUCGAGAAACGAUGGAAUGGCCGGAUACGUCUACUUUGGCGGCUCGGAAUACUUUUUGUUUGAGUUUCUGCCCCAGAUAAUCGGCAUGUUGUUCGUUCUGUGGAACUUUGUCCUGCAAGCGGCUGUCUACCGCAUUGCUCCUCUCUCCGGUAUAGCCCGUGCUCAGACGGCGAGAGACACCACCUUCCAGCGGCUGUCCAUGCUGCCUAGAAACUUCGUUCUGCCAGAUCUCUCGCAAUUUACCUAUGGCGAACCCCUCGUAGGUGUUUGUCUGCUCAUCUUCUGGUUCGUCAAUUGGUUUACUGUACCUCUCCUCAGCUGCCUAUUUCAACCUCGCUUCUAUGGCACUCUCCAAGAUGGUGGUUUCCGCUGGGUCAGCGUUCAGGGAGUUGGCUGGAUGCUCUUCUCCCUCUACUGCAUUCUUGCCCUGGCUUUGCUCGCCCUGCUGGCCCGCUUUGGUUUUGGCACCAGUGGUCUCCAGUGGGACCCCGUAAGCCUGGCAGACGUCAUCCCACUUAUCCAACGAUCAAAUGUGCUGCACGACUUUGACCAGUCAGAGGUCACUCCUAAUGUCGCGGGCCAUCUUCCUCCCAGAAAAUUGCGAUUAGGUUAUUGGAAAUCUUCUGCAGCUCCCGAGGAUAGCUUCUACGCCUUGGGUCAGGAGGCCGCACCAUUGAAGAGAGUAUCUUCGGUCGACCGCCUGCUUGAAAAGGGCCAUAGCCACAGAAGAAGCAACAGCACCAGCAGUAACCACAACAUCGAUUCCAUUGACCUCGAGCGACAGGACCUUCACAGCAAGGACUCCUUCGAAAGAAGUCUACACUCACCCUUCUUCCGCUAUAGAUGGGUACCCUGGUUCCUUAAAGAUACUUUCAUUGUCGUCUGGAUUGUCAUUUCUCUCGUUCUGCUUAUCGCUUUCAUCACCGUCAGCUUCGUCAACCGCCCGUUGGAGCGAGGUUUCCUGCCUCUUUUACCAACUCUCCCGUCUGUGUCCGGCUUCUCUGCCUCCAAUUUUCUCUUCAGUUUCAUCCCGGCCAUGCUCGCAAAUUUCCUCUUCCUUGCCUGGCAGCCCAUUGACGUCUACUUCCGUGCCGCCCAAGCCUAUGCUGACCUUUCCUCUCCGCGCGGCGCCUUUGCAGAGAAAUCUCUCUUGCUUUCUUACAAUGCCUGUCUGCCCCUUGAAGCCACCUUCCACGCUCUCGUUGCCGGUCAUUACAAGGUAGCCUAUAUCUCCUUUGUAAGCGUCGCCUCAAUCGCUCUGCCCAUCCUCGCUGGCGGUGUCUUCAUGGCGCGCUUCUACUCCGAGCUUGAGCAGGUCCGCAUCUCCUCUUACUUCCCAGCUUAUUAUACCCUCAUCGGGUUUGCCAUCUUCUAUGCCUUUUCCUUCUUAGCUAUCUGGCCCAGGCGCAAACGCUACCUCCCCCACCCUCUGUACACCUACGCCGACACCGUCAGCUUCCUUUAUCAAAGCCCCUUGCUCGUUGACAAGGUCUUCCGCGCUCCCCGAACAAAGACGGAUCUUAUCACUCGAACUAUCGUCGCGCCGCCUGGUGAGAGCCACAAGGCACUGUAUGCCUUCGGUCUCUUCUAUGGACAAGAUGGUAAAAGCCAUCUUGGCAUUGACCGUCUGAGAAGACUUGAGGGAGACGCUUAG